AUUCUCCUCUGUCUGAUUCUCUGUUGGUUAGUCUACCAGGAGAAAGAAAGAUAUGACUGUGUCAGGGAAGUUUCUCCCUAGGAAACCCAGAAGCAGAAGCUUCUUAAAGAACUUGGAAACAGAUGGCUUCCUUAUCUAACCCCUAAAGAUGCUGAAUUCCACCAGCUGUGGCAGGAGAACUAUUCCAAACUGAUUCUCCGAGAAGCGAGUAGGAUCCCAGAAUUUCUGCAUAAGGAAGUUCAGCAAGCCUUCCUCAUCUUGCGCAAGCAUGGCUGCUUAUUCCAGGAUCUAGUCCGAAUCAAAGGGAAAAAUUUACUCACACCAGUAUCUCGCCUUCUCAUUGGAAACCCAGGGUACACUUAUAAGUAUCUGAAUAGCAGACUCUUCACUGUGCCAUGGCCAAUGGAAGGUUCCAACAUAAAAUAUUCCAGAGAUGAAAUAUCUGCAGCUUGUAGAGCCUUCUUAAAGCUCAAUGACUACUUGCAUAAAGAUACAAUCCAAGCUUUGGAUAAACUACACUUGAUAAAAUCCAAAGACAAUGAAGACAGUACAAUAUUUGGAAUGGUCCCAGAACUCUCCAAGAACAGUUUGAAUGUGGGACGUGAUUUGGAACUUAAGAAGAGGACAACUUACAAUUUGACCUUGUUGAAUUACAUGGAUCCUCAGGAAAUGUCCUACUUGAAAGAAGAACCUUAUUUUGGGAUGGGGAAAAUGGCUGUGAGCUGGCAUCAUGAUGAGAACCUAGUAGAAAGGUCAACAGUGGCUGUAUACAGUUACAGUUGUGAAGGUCCUGAAGUUCUUGAUGAUGGUGAGCUGAGCCCAGAAGGGAGAAACCCUGCUGUCUGGCACGUUGGUCUGAAGAUAGCCUGGGACAUAAAGACACCUGGUUUAGCAGUACCGCUCCAUCAAGGAGACUGCUAUCUUAUGCUAGAUGAUCUUAAUACAACCCAUCAACACUGUGUUUUGGCUGGUUUGCAACCUCGAUUUAGUUCCACCCAUAGAGUGGCCGAGUGCUCAGUAGGGACUCUGGAUUAUAUUUUUAAGCAAUGUCACUUGGCACUUAAGAAUGUAAAAGAUGACAUGGAGCCCAGAACUGUGCAUUUGAGAUCCAUGGAGUCAUCAGUUAUCAAGCAGGGGGAAGAAAUUCAUAACGAGGUAGAAUUUGAAUGGCUGAGGCAAUUUUGGUUUCAUGGCCAUCGCUACAAGAAGUGUACAGAUUGGUGGCAACUACCCAUGUCUGAACUGGAAGGACUGUGGAAAAAAAUGGAAUGUGUGACAAAUGCAGUGCUUUGUGAAGUCAGAAAAGAGAGAUGGCCCACGGAACAAAAGAAUGAAAUCAUAACAGAUUUCCUUGCCUUGCUCACCACACGACAGGAACUGCGAAUGGAAUGGUGCAUGAGAUGCCAAUCCCGAAUCGCCCAAAAUUUACCAGAGGACCAGAGACCAAUUUGUUGGCCAUAUUGGGAAGAUGAUGAUCCUGAGAUGCCAUUGCCAUUUGAUCUUAGCAACAUUAUUUCAGAACUCCAAGGUCAGCUCCCAGAAACAAAGUCCUAGGAAAGAACACGGAUGUUUGAGUUGAAACCAUGUUUUCAGAAGAAAUACCUCUUCACAAAGGAAAACCAUCAUCCAUAGAAUCCAGACUCUGGCACAGGCUCAGGCCAGGACACCAACAAAGACUCCAGCUGACCACCUAGUCCCUGGAUUAUGAGAAUCAUCAAUCUUGUAACAGCAAAGGAAUGGGGCCCUCCAAUCCAAGAGCUCUGAACUGAGACUCUGUUGGGGUCUUCUUGGCUACAGACGGAUCCUGCGCUCUUCCCUACCUGAACCCAAGCUAGCUCUUCUCUAGGACCUCUAUGAGAUUCUUAGUCCCACAAAGGCUUUAGGGCAUUGCCGAGGACAGAAGCCUCGCUUGUGGCAAAAUGUUUCACUCCCACUUUUAUCCUUCUUCCUGAUACAGGCAUGGGUGUGCUCAAUCUGAAGAGAGGGCCAUGACUGAAAGAGGGGGCAGGAAUCAAAA